AUGGCGUCGUCCCACAGCCCGGACACUAGGGGGAGCACUGCGGCGUCCAGCGUGGAUCUGCCCCGGCUGAUGUCACGGAGCAGCGCACGCUUCGGUUCUUUGAGUCAUCACUCCUUCUUCUCCCGACACAACCCUCAUCCCAGUCGAGUCAGGCACAUCCAGGGUCUGAACGGUCGCCCUGUGUGCUCUGUCAGAGAUGAUUGGUUUGGCUCUUCACCUUUGUUCCCUCAUCCUCUUCUCAAAGCAAACAUCUUCAGACGAGCUCCAGACCUGCCUUUGUCUCACAGUCUGCUCGGAACAAACGCAAAUAAAAGCAGAACAAGUUUUCUGUCGGAGAGGUGGAGGGAGGAGCUAAAAGAGCUAACGACACGGAUUUCACUGACGUCCCAGCCCCAAAAGGACAAGAAAGAGGAGGAGCCGCUCCACAGACAGACCCAGUACUCCACCCAGACGGGACGCCUCAUACCCUCCUCUUCCACAUCCAGCCAGAGCCGCUCCCACAGCCGCUCCCACACCCACCCUCACAGCCGGCUCCAACACCAGGAACUCAUGGUGCUGGAGCUGCUCUGUCAGAUCCUCCAGACCGACUCUUUGUCCAAUGUGCAGCAGUGGCUUCUUCUAGCCGGACAAAGAGAGAAAGAUCUGGUGAUGGGGAUGAUUAAACAGGCGCUCGAUGGGACGGACCUCCAGAACCCGGACCUCCAGAACCCGGACCUCCAGAACCCGGACCUCCAGAACCCGGACCUCCGGCUGUGCCCUGACCUCCCUCCACAGUACAACCCCACUGUGGAUCCAACAUGGAGGCCGCCGCCGCACGGGCUCAGGUUUGAACACAUGGUUUUCAUUCUGGUACUUCCUGAUCGAAUCGGAGAAGCUGAGGUUCUUCAGAUCCUCGAAGACACAAAAACUCAUUGA